CUGCAAGGCUACACGACAUGUGGCCGCUUCCUUAAAGCUGAAGGGUGGGACAGGCAGCAGCCAGGAAGUAGCGUCCAGCGGUGCUAGUUGUCUUCUGUCGCUGAGCAGUUGGACUGAUAUUUAUCAUUCAACAUGCCGGCGUAUCAUUCAAGCCUGAUGAUUCCCGAAACCAGACUGGUGGGGAAUAUGGCUUUGCUCCCCCUCAAAACUCAGUUUAAAGGACCAGCCAGAGGAGAUGGCGUUGAUUCUGACAUCAUUGACGAGGCUAUCUACUACUUCAAGGCCAAUGUCUUCUUUAAAAACUAUGAAAUCAAGAACGAGGCCGACAGGACGCUGAUCUAUGUCACACUCUACAUUUCUGAAUGCCUAAAGAGGCUACAGAAGUGCAGCUCCAGGGGCCAGGGAGAGAAGGAGAUGUACACUCUGGGCAUCACUAACUUCCCCAUUCCAGGAGAACCUGGCUUCCCUCUUAAUGCUAUGUAUGCUAAACCCGCAAACAAGCAGGAGGAAGAGACCAUGAGGGCGUACCUCCAGCAGAUCCGCCAGGAGACUGGCCUGAGGCUAUGUGACCGUGUGUUCGACCCCCAAACAGACAAACCCAGCAAGUGGUGGGUGUGCUUCGUCAAGAAGCAGUUCAUGAACAAAAGUCUGUCAGCUCCUGGACAGUGAACGACUUGAAACCUGCAGUUUCUGUUCCACACUUGCAAGACGGAUGGAUGGAUUUAUUUUGGGUGGGGUUGGGUGGAAAAGGAGAGGGUUUGCUUUUGUGUUAAGAUUUUCUACUCUUUGAGUUUAAGGAUAUGUCUUCAUUUGUCUGGAUGUUGAUCAAAUUGAGCUGGUGCUUAAUUCAAUAAAGCAAUCACAGAGAUUGGAAAGUAA